GUCUAUCGCUACAUGUUUGACAGCACUACCGUGAUACUUUUGUUCCAUGUUUGGUAAAAUUGAAAUUGAGCAAGUAGUCACUGUGAUCUUGAAGACGACAAAUACAUUAUUCCAAUUGAUUCAGAUCGAGAAAUAAAACAAAACAAAGUAACAUCGCUUUCAUUCACAACUUCAACGAAAGAUCGGACACGAGUAGCAAGAUUCGAGGUCUUUAUUUACCUACACAUUUCAAUCACCCACCACGUCCAGGUUACCUGGGCUCUUUUUGACCACCAAUCUCACAUAUCAGCCAAUUUCCAUCCAACACCCACUUCCAUGAUAAAAGCACAGAGAAUAUCAUCCGACUUGAUCACAAUCACACAUCAAUAAAAACUCGACGCCACCACCGACCAAACAACCAGCACAAUGAGUUCCCGACCCACCCACGACAGUGAAGGCGGCCUCCUCCCCGCGAUUUUGUGUCUUCACGGAGGAGGUUCCAAUUCCACGGUCUUCAAGAUCCAAACCCGUCGAUUGAUCUGGACCCUUGAAAAACAGUUUCGAUUCGUGUUUGUCCAGGCCCCCAUAGAAGGUACUCCCGGUCACGGCAUGUUGCCGGUCUUCGCCUCUUGCGCCCCGUUCUACCGUUGGGUCAAUCGACGUUUCAAGGCCGGAGAGAGUGAGGUGGAACCGACACCGCAGGAAGAAAUCGACGCCAUCGACAAACUCAUCCUCGACACCAUGGACGCCAACGGGGGUGUCGAUUCUUUCAAAGGCGUCAUAGGUUUCAGUCAGGGUGCCAGAUUGACCGCGGGGUUACUGCUGAGACAAAAGAUUCAAGAAAGAGAUUCUGGGGAGAGCAAGACAAAGUUCGCCUUCGGCAUCAUGAUAGGCGGACCUUAUCCCCCCAUAGGUCUUUCACAACAGGUCAACGCGGCAGAUUACCCUCUACUCAAGGGGAUACCGACGGUCCACGCUUGGGGCAAGGAUGACCACGUCAAACCGGGCUGUGAAGCUCUGGCCAAAAUGUGUGAGAGUGACGUUUGUUUCACCAUGGAUUUCGAAGGUGGUCACCAUUUGCCACUCAAGGACGUCGAGGCCAAGGACCUUUGUGAUUUGAUCAUGGCGGCUUGGUACGCCGGUGGAGGAAAGUACGGGGUCGGUGCGGAUGAGAAUUAUUAA